AUUCAUAAGAACACUGCGUAGCUGCUAAAGUCGAAAUGGUAUUCCAUUUCGUUCGCGUAGUCCAGAAUCCUAACUCGAAAACGUGGUUGGUCUAUUUUAACAAAUUAUGUGGUCUAUAAGCAAAAGUAUACGUAGAUUCUCAACUGCAGCUAGACGGCUUGACCAACUGAAAGUUGCAAUUAUAGGUCAAAGUCAAUUUGGAGCUGAAGUGUACAAUCUCGUUAAGUCUAAGCAUAACAUUGUUGGAGUUUUCACUGUGCCUGACAUUCAAGGACGACCUGAUCCAUUAGCUGCCGUUGCGGAAGAAGAUGGUACUCCGGUUUUUAAGUUUAAACGCUGGAGGCAAAAGGGACAAGCCCUGCCAGAUGUUCUCGAUCAAUACAAGAGUGUGGGUGCAAAUUUAAACGUUCUCCCAUUUUGUACUCAAUUUAUACCAAUGGAAGUUAUUACUCAUCCUAAACAUCAAAGUAUUUGCUAUCACCCUUCGAUACUUCCCAGACAUAGAGGUGGAUCAGCUAUCAAUUGGACACUAAUUGAAGGUGAUAAGAAAGGUGGAUUUUCCAUUUUUUGGGCUGAUGACGGGCUAGAUACCGGACCAAUUCUGCUUCAAAGGCAGUGCACAAUUGAAGCUGCAGAUACUGUAGACCGUCUAUACAAUCGCUUCCUUUAUCCAGAAGGUAUUAAGGCAAUGGGAGAAGCCGUUGACAUGGUUGCCGCAGAAACUGCUCCGAAACUUGUGCAAACUGAAGAAGGGGCAACUUACGAUCCUCUUUGCAGAAAAAACACAGCUGAAAUUAACUUUAACAACUCUGCCUGGUCCAUUCAUAAUUUCAUCAGAGGACACGAUAAAGUUCCUGGUGCGUGGGGUAUAAUAAACGGCGAAAAAGUUACCAUGUACGGUUCAAGUAUGUGGAUUGGAGAACCACCUACUGGAGAAAUAUUGAAAAUCAACGGAUUAACAUCUCCAGCAAUCGUACAUAGUGAUGGCUUAGCUAUACAAGGAACUGACGGAAAAUGGUUAAGUGUUGCUCAAUUGCAAUUCGAGAAUGGAAAGAUGAUCAAAGCUAGUAAGUUUGGUGAAGAUGAAGAAGCCGUUGUAAUUGAAUUUACUGAAGAAGAAAAACAAUAUGAAAAUACAAUUAAGGAUAUUUGGAAAGGAAUUUUGAGUAAUGAUAAUAUCGUGGGUGAUUCUGAUUUCUUCAAGAUGGGCGCCGGUUCUAUGGAAGUUGUACGUCUCGUUGAAGAAGUAAAAUCACGUUGCGAUGGUAUUACUUUGGCCAAUGAGGAAGUUUAUAUGGCAACUUCUUUUGACGAAUUUGUUAGAGCUGUUAUCCUCAAAGGUAGAGGAGGCGAUGCAGUUGCCGAAAUCGAGUAUGAUGCUGUCAAAAUCCAUGCCAAUGAUAUGGAUCUAAGUUUUCCAAAUCAAAUCUUCAUUAACAAUAAAUUUAUGGAUUCUUCGGAUGGAAAUACUUUCGAAACAAUCGACCCAACAACUGAAAAAGUCAUAACUAAAGUUUCCAAGGCAACAAAAAAAGAUGUUGACAAGGCAGUUGAAGCUGCGAGAAAAGCAUUUGAAGAGGGAGAAUGGGGAAAAAUGAAUGCUAGAGAUAGAGGUCAACUUAUGUACAGAUUAGCAGAUUUAAUGGACCAACACAAAGAAGAGUUGGCAACUCUUGAGUCUAUGGAUAGCGGGGCUGUUUAUACUCUUGCUCUCAAAACUCAUAUUGGUAUGUCAGUCGACACUUUUAGAUACUUUGCUGGAUGGUGCGAUAAGAUUCAAGGUACAACUAUCCCAAUAAACAAUGCUAGACCAAACAAAAAUUUGACAUACACCAAAAGGGAACCAAUUGGAGUAUGUGGUAUUAUUACGCCAUGGAAUUAUCCACUUAUGAUGCUUGCCUGGAAAAUGGCUGCGUGCCUCGCAGCAGGAAAUACAGUUGUUCUAAAACCAGCUCAAGUAACACCUCUUACUUCGUUAAAAUUUUGCGAAUUGGCUGCCAAGGCUGGUUUUCCCCCAGGUGUAGUAAAUGUUGUUCCAGGAUCGGGAUCUGUUUGCGGACAAGCUAUUGCCGAUCAUCCGAAAGUUAGGAAGCUAGGUUUCACUGGCUCAACCCCGAUUGGAAAAACUAUCAUGGAAAGCUGCGCAAGCAACAUUAAAAAAGUAUCUUUGGAGUUGGGCGGAAAAUCUCCCCUUAUGAUUUUCAGUGAUUGUGAUAUGGAUAAAGCUGUUCGAAACGCAUGUAGUGGAGUUUUCUUUAACAAGGGAGAAAAUUGCAUUGCUGCUGGUCGUUUGUUUGUGGAAGAAAAAAUUCAUGAUGAAUUUGUUGAAAGAGUUGUUGCUGAAGUGAAGAAAAUGAAAAUUGGAAAUCCUCUGAAUAGAGAUACAGAUCACGGACCUCAGAACCACAAAGCUCAUUUGGAUAAACUUCUUGAGUACUGUGACAUUGGUGUUCAAGAGGGCGCUACAUUGGUAUACGGUGGAAAGCGAGCUGACAUGCCCGGCUUAUUUAUGGAACCAACUAUUUUUACCGACGUUGAAGAUCAUAUGAUGGUAGCUCAAGAAGAAUCUUUUGGACCUAUCAUGAUUAUAUCCAAAUUCCGUGAAAGUGAAAUGGAUGAUAUGUUAAAGAGAGCUAACAAUACGGAAUUUGGUCUGGCGUCUGGUGUAUUCUCCAAUGAUAUUAAUAAAGCGCUAUAUGUAGCCGACAACAUUCAAGCAGGCACUGUUUUCGUUAAUACCUACAAUAAAACCGAUGUUGCCGCUCCUUUUGGAGGAUUUAAGCAAUCUGGAUUUGGCAAAGAUUUGGGCCAAGAAGCACUGAAUGAAUAUUUGAAGACAAAAGCUGUUACAGUUGAAUAUUAA